AUGGGUGUCCACUCUGACAUAAGAAUGGAUCUAAAAAUUGCUUUUAUUGGAUGUUUGAUGGUGGUCCUGGCUAUGGCUGUUAUUGCGACUACGGAGGAAACAUCAUCUACUCCGCCGUUGGUAGUGAAGAAGGUGAAGGGGAAGAAAAUGUGCGACAAAGGAUGGGAAUGUAAAGGGUUGUCGAUUUACUGCUGUAAUUUGACGAUUACAGAUUAUUUUCAGACCUAUCAGUUUGAGAAUCUUUUCGAAAAGAGGAAUACACCAGUGGCUCAUGCGGUUGGAUUCUGGGAUUAUCACUCAUUCAUUACUGCUGCUGCGCUCUAUCAGCCGAUUGGAUUUGGGACUACUGGUGGGAAGGUGAUGCAGAUGAAGGAGGUGGCUGCUUUCCUCGGCCAUGUCGGCUGCAAAACUACCUGUAAGUGUUUACUAAUCAUCCUUCUUUGGUGGGUUUAUCGACGGAGUUGUGAAUUGGGUAAUGUUCUAGUGGUGUUUAAACCCUAA